CAUCCAAUCAGAAUCGACGGUGCUAGUGACGUACAAACAUCUGUAAACAGCAUGGCGGCGUGUAUACACCGAGUGGGAGCAGCCGGAGGGCACUUUGUAAGGAGAUUUCUGAAAACAGGCGCUGCCACAAAGUUUGUUCGCCACAGAGCCGCUUUAGCGGCGAGUGAAGUGGCCUUGAACGUCCCAGAGACGAAGGUGACCACACUAGCUAACGGGCUUCGAGUGGCUUCUGAAGACUCCGGACUGACCACCUGCACGGUCGGUCUGUGGAUCGAUGCUGGGAGCCGGUAUGAGAAUGAAAGGAACAACGGAACAGCCCACUUCCUGGAGCACAUGGCUUUUAAGGGUACAAGGAAGCGUUCUCAGCUAGACCUGGAGCUUGAGAUCGAGAACAUGGGUGCCCACUUGAAUGCCUACACUUCUAGAGAGCAGACAGUAUAUUAUGCCAAAGCCUUUUCUAAAGACCUCCCCAGAGCUGUGGAGAUUCUUGCUGACAUAAUCCAGAACAGCACGCUGGGGGAGGCCGAGAUUGAACGUGAGCGUGGAGUCAUCCUGCGAGAGAUGCAGGAAGUGGAGACUAAUCUACAGGAAGUUGUUUUUGACUACCUGCAUGCUACAGCGUACCAGGACACUGCUCUAGGAAGAACCAUCCUCGGACCUGCAGAGAACAUCAAAACUAUAAACAGAGCAGACCUUGUGGAAUACAUUACAACUCACUACAAGGGGCCAAGGAUUGUGCUUGCUGCAGCUGGAGGAGUGUCCCACAAUGAAUUAAUUGAUUUGGCUAAGUACCACUUUGGAAAGCUGCCAGCAAGAUACAAGGGUGAAGCACCUGCAUUACCUGCCUGCAAAUUCACUGGAAGUGAGAUCAGAGUGAGGGAUGACAAAAUGCCUCUGGCUCACAUAGCGAUUGCCGUGCAGGCAGUAGGCUGGUCUCACCCUGACACCAUCCCACUCAUGGUGGCCAACACGCUGAUUGGAAACUGGGAUCGCUCCUUUGGCGGCGGUGUGAAUCUGUCCAGUAAGCUGGCCCAGAUGGCAUGCCAGGGUAACCUGUGCCACAGCUUCCAGUCCUUUAACACCUGCUACACUGACACAGGGCUUUGGGGCCUCUAUACCGUCUGUGAGCCAAACACUGUCAACGAGAUGAUGCAUUACACACAGCUUGAAUGGAUGUCUCUGUGCACCAGCGUAACAGAGAGUGAAGUAGCAAGAGCAAAGAAUCUCCUCAAGACCAACAUGCUGCUUCACCUGGAUGGUUCCACACCCAUCUGUGAGGACAUUGGGAGGCAGAUGCUCUGCUACAGUCGCAGAAUUCCACUGCAUGAGCUGGAGGCCAGGAUAGAUGCCAUAGAUGCAAAUACCAUUAAGGAAGUGUGUACAAAGUACAUCUACAACAAAGCCCCAGCAAUAGCAGCUGUUGGACCUGUUGAGCAGCUCCCAGACUACAACCAGAUCAAAAGUGGGAUGUACUGGUUAAGAACCUGAGAAAACAGAGGAACUUCAACGCCGUCUGUACAUUCACAACCAAGUAUCUGUGUAGUCUGUGCAUUUUCCUUUAAUUUUAUUAUAAAAUAAAGAACAACACAAUAACGUUAAAAGAACAUG